AUGGCUAAGGAAUCCAAAGAAGUUAAGUCCGAAGACAACUAUGAAACUAGAAUGCCAGCUGUUCUGUCAUUUGCUAAACCAUUAGCUUCUAAGAAACUAAACAAGAAGGUCCUGAAGACUGUUAAGAAAGCCUCUAAGGCCAAGAAUGUCAAGAGAGGUGUCAAGGAAGUCGUCAAGGCUCUAAGAAAGGGUGAUAAAGGUCUAGUUAUUAUUGCUGGUGAUAUCUUCCCAGCUGAUGUCAUUUCUCAUAUCCCUGUUUUGUGUGAAGAUCACUCAGUUCCAUAUAUUUUCAUUCCAUCUAAACAAGAUUUGGGUUCUGCUGGUGCUACCAAGAGACCAACAUCUGUUGUUUUCAUUGUACCAGGUAGUAACAAGAAGAAGGAUGGUAAGGCUAAGGAAGAGGAAUACAAGGAUUCUUUCAACGAAAUAGUAAAGGAGAUUUCCGCUUUCUAA